ACUAACAUCGCCUAUAUUAAAUCCUUUUAACAGAUAGGAUAUUUCUUGUUCAAAAGCAAUUGUUGCUCUUCUCUGAAGGUUAAUAAACCUGAGUUCAGCUGCAAGACACUGAGUCCAUCUACUGGAAAAACGCGGUACUACAGCAGGUAAAUACACAGUUGAAAAUCGAAAGAGUGGCACAACAAAACACAGUUUCGCGUUUGAUAUUCGUCGAAUAUUCUCCUGCAUUGGAAAAUGAAUGUUUUCUGACUGUAUUAGCUACAGUGGGUGCAUAAAAUGUAAGAAUAACAUAGUAAUAAAAAGAGAUUCCUUUCUUCGGGAAUUGCCUGUUGAGUCACUAGUUUCCAAACAAACGAAACUUACGCUUCCAAGUUUCAUUUUAAUGCAGCAAAAUGGCAGAAGAAGCUUUCCUCGAUCGGGAAUCUCUCAGAUGCUCCAUUUGUCAGGAUCUCUUCAGAAAUCCAGUGAUUAUUCCCUGCGGACACAGCUUCUGUAAGGACUGCAUUACACGUCUGUGGGAUCAGGGUAUGAGCAGAUGCCCUCAAUGCAAACAGACCUUUAACAACAGACCAGACUGGCUACACGCGAAGGAACUUUCUGAGAAGCUGAUGAAGAUGAGAACACGGGCUGAGGAGGAAGCCGAAGAUGUGAGCUGUGACUCCUGCAGCUCCACAACAACCAAAGCCAUCCGAUCCUGCCUCACCUGUCUCGCCUCUUACUGCAGCACUCACCUGGAGCAACACGAUGAGCUUCACGCGCGGAGAAAACACCAGCUGACUGAUGCCACGGAUCUCCAGAAUAAAAUCUGCUCUCAGCACGGGAAACUUAUCGAUAUUUUCUGCCGUACUGAUCAGCAGUGUGUCUGUGUGCUGUGUGCACUAUAUGAACACAAGAGUCACGACACCAUCUCAGCUUCUGAUGAAAGAGCAGACAGACAGAGGAAGUUGAUGGAAACACGAGUGAAGUUUUUGCAGAACAUCCAAGACAGAGAGAAGGAUUAUAAAGAGCUAACGCAGACUAAGGAGUCGAUCCGUCGUUCAGCACAGACAGCAGUCACAGAAAGCGAACGAAUCUUCAGCGAGGUGCUGCAGUCUCUUCAGAAAACAAGCUGCCGCGUGAAAGAACUGAUUGCAGAUCAACAGAGAGCUGAACUCAAUCAUAUUGAAGGAGUUCAGGAGAAAGUCCAGCAGAAGAUCGCUGACAUGAAGAUGAAGGUGUCUGAGCUCGAUCAGUUUAUGACCACUGAAGAUCACAUUCAUUUCCUGCAGAAUUACCCGUCUGACUGUGAAGAAUCCAUGUCUGAAGAAUUUGAAGAUCUUUCCAGCAUUUCUGAACAUCCAGAUGCUUUUUUUCACAACGUGACGAUGCUGGUUUCUAAAAUGCAAGAGCGUUUGUUGGAUGUCACCAAAACGACAGAGAUCGAGAUCAAGAUCAAGUCUGUAAAAGUUUUGCCUCCUGUUGGUGGAAUUGUGAAACUGUCUGAAACUCCAGCGUUUGGUAAAAAAGAUGAGCGGUGGAAUUGUGACAUCUGCCUGGUGACAAAUGAAGGCACAACUAGCCAUUGUGUUGCAUGCCAUGAGCCAAAGCCAAAUAUGAAAAGCAAGUUUUGUUUUGGUAGUUUUGCCAACCAACGUGCUGCAACACUAUUUAAAGACUCGGGUCUUCGUUUUCAGAAAGAUCAGAGUAAAGGUGAUCAGAGUAAAGGUAAUGCAUCGACAGCGAUUGAGUCCUGUACCAUCCAAACCGAUUUAACAUGUUCAAUGUCUUCUCUAGCAUCUACUUGUGGAUUUGAUUUUGGCAACGCGUCUUCAUCUGUUUUCAAAUUUGAUGUUGAACAGUACAAGAAGAAAGAAAAUGAGGCUUUUACAGCUGCAGACAAGACUAGUCAUGAUGGUAAUCCCUUUUCAACUAGCAGCGACUUGUGUGGUUCUGUUCAGCUUGACCAGAAGAAUGUUUUCCGUUUUGGGGAAUUAGUUAAAGGAUUUAACUUCAGUUUUCAGUAUGUUCCCUCUAAAUCCACAUCUGUGCUAAAUCAAAGUGAAGCUUCUUGCCCAGAUGAUGAAGAAGAAACAUACGAGCCAGCUGUACCAUUACCAGAUGUUAUUGAGAUCUCAACUGGAGAGGAAAAUGAACAAGUAGUUUUUAGUCACAAAGCCAAACUAUACCGCUUUGACAAAGAAUUACUCCAGUGGAAGGAAAGAGGCGUAGGUGAACUCAAAAUACUUGAAAAUGAUAAACCCAGACGGGCAAGACUCGUGAUGAGGAGAGAGCAGGUUUUGAAAUUAUGUGCAAACCACUGGAUUACUCCAAAUAUGAAGCUCGAGCCAAUGAAAGCGUCCGAGAAUGCGUGGACGUGGAACGCCUUUGAUUUUGCUGAUGGAGAAGGCAGGGAUCAGACGUUAGCGGUGCGGUUUAAACUGCAGGAGUCUGCGGAUGCUUUCAGGAAAAUCUUUGAAGAAGCAGUGGCCACUGCCUCUAGUUUACCAGAGAGAGGUGAGCGUCUGUAAUCCAUCAUAUUUGCUAAAUAAAGCAGGCUACUUGUUUCUUAAUCAUUUCUGAUUCCAAAAAUAGUGCCUGUUUUGUUCUAGCACAUCACUUUCUCAAAAAAUACACUAAGGCCCUUUAAGGUUCUAUAUAGAAUCUUAA